AUGAAAUGGGAAAGUAUUUGUGCUGGCGAAAAUUGCGUUGUUGCGAUCGAUUCCGAUGGAGUCCCACACUCAUCCGGUUUGGAACACCCUCGCAAAUUGGCUCGAACCAUCGCCAAUGGUGUACCAAACCACGACACUCGUCCUCUCGAACAAAUCACACUCGCCCUCUCAAACAAAUCAUUGGCGACUCAAUUGAACUUGGAGAGCUUGAAAUGGACCGUUUUAAUCAACCACUAUUUGACAACAGCGGAGAACCGGUCAUGCUUCAGGAAUACUGCCUCAAGAAAAGAAGUUGUCUCCCAGUUUGUGAAACCAUGUCCAAUGGUUUUUGCCGAACAAUUUAGUGGACGGGCGACGAAUGUCGCUGCUGGCGCAGUCCAUAGUCUGGUUGUCAAACUCGAGAAUGGUUCCACUAGUGUUCACUCUACUGGUCACAAUGGCAGUGAGCAGUUGGGUCUCGGGGACAAUGCUGAACGUCAGGUUCUCAUCAAGAUCCAAGAUUUAGAUGGAAAGGACAUCCAGAAGGUUGCAGCUGGAAGGUUUCAUUCUUAA